AUGGGUAGCAGAGUCAACCCAGGCCCAGAGCCGAUACCGCCCCGACUCUGGUCCGAGGUUCUCCUGCCUACCCCUCUGCCUCCACAUAUAAAAGGAGCCUUAUACUUAUAG